CUCUAAAUUAAUAAUAUUAUUCAUAGAAUACUAGCUUUCGUAUUUUGAUGUGAGUAUCUAUUCUGAAACAAUUUUUCAAUCCCAAUGCCCUCUAGGCAACCAACAGCUGCCUUCCAGUCGAUACAGGGCUCGCUUUUCCCCUUUCAAUACGAUGGUGGCAGUCUGCAACCAAUUCCCCGUAGACAACAGCUAACAAAGCGCACAUCCCUGACACUCUCCCCACCCACAAGCAUCUUCACCAUCCGUAAGAUCUUCAAGGCACGAACCGCAGUUUUGCUGGCGUUUAUCGAGAGGAGAGGUGCUCGGGAACGCAGCGACAGAUACCACGAGAGCAAGGACGCAAAUGAGGAGGCUGUUGAAUUGCAUGUUGUCUGAUGAUAUUGACUGAUAAAUUGAUUUGAGGGUUGAAAUAGACUGGGAUGAAGUUUCGAUGUGCUGUGAAUGUUGUUCUUGAUGUAGCAAACUAGCUUGUUGAUCCGUGACGAACUCUUUUUCUUGCAGCAGCCAAAUCUUUCACCAGAUAUUAUGGGACUAAUAAGCUGAGUUUUCUCAAACCGAUCCUUCAACCAUUUACCCGUUCGUACCUAGUUCGAUCAUCCCCUGAGCUUCAUUCGUCCAUUCCUAACUUUCAUCCCAAAAAGCUCGCGUCGAAAACACAAAACAACAUCGCAGGAACCUCUUUGGUUAACUCCGAG